UUUGGUGCGAAGAAUGUGGGGGCAAUUGGUCGGGUCGGUCGGGACAUUCGACCUCCGCCUGCCUGUGUGCCGCAUCGGCCGCAUCAGCGCCAAGGCCGACAUCGUCAUCCAAAAGCCAUGGAUCAGUGCAUUGCAAUGCACCAUUGCGUUGCGCGGAGGAGAAGGUAUCGGCGACAAGUCCGUGUGGCUCACAGAUAUGAGUUCCAACGGCGUCUACGUGAAUGGCGACAUGGUUGGCAAGUCUUUCGAGCGGCAGAUCUUCGAGAACGACGAGAUCUACUUCACCAAGCCGUCGUUGCACACCCCGAAUGUGGAACCGACGUUUUUCCGAUUCCGAUUCGCCGAUCAAGCGCAGUCCAUCCAUGUAACACCUCGGAAAGCCAAGCGGUCGGCCCCUCCAACGCCAGACUCAAAGGGCAGUGCCAAGAAGGUGUGCGUGGCGGCAUCGAGUAGUUCCACGGCCCAGCGGGACGAGUUGGUUGUGGGCACCGAAUCGAUGCUCAAGGCGAACCAGGAAUUGCGGCAGCGAUUGGUUGACGCGGGCAAUCGGGAGCGGGACCUCAUGGCCCAACUGCAGGACAUGCUCACAACUGUGCAACUACGGGAGCAAGAAAUGGACAAAUUAAGGGAUGACGUGGCAAAAGCUCGGGCCAGGGCUGUCGAGGACGACCACUUGCGGGUCGAAUACACUGCGCUCGAAUCAAAACACAAGCAGGCAGAAGCCAAGUGCGUCGACGUCGAGAUGUGUUGGGCAAAGGACAAGGAAGUUCUCAAGCAAUGCCAAGAUGAACUGGCCGCCACGCUGCGCUCUACGUUGAGCCUCAACCAUGUCGUGGACGUGUUGAAGGAAGAACUGCAAGAAGCCCAGGCCAAAGCCAGCUCCGCGACCCAAAGGGUGCGGCAACUUGAAAGCGACCACCAGAAACUGGCGCAUCAGCUGGACUUGGUGCAUCGCACGUCGGACCACGAGCACGAAACGAGUCGAGGCGCAAAGGAAGAGGUGCUAGUGAUGAAAGCCAGGUUUGCGUCGGCUCGCAACGCCUUCCGGCACAUGCAAACGUGCAUGGCGGCGUUGGGGGAACAGAUCGAUGUCGUCCCAGCACUCCUCGAUUACGACGACGAAGCAACCCGUGGAGAUGAAGAAGAUGAUGGAGACGAGGAGACGCAGUGUGUGCUCACAGAACGCUUUGCAAGAGCGGAAGGCGAACAAGAAGGCGAGGGGCAACAACAGAUGGACGACCAGCAUGCUUCUCCAAGAAGCGACGACGACGACGACGCGACCAAACAACUGGUAGACACGACCGAACCAGCGACCCUAUAUGUGAAAGAAGACAAGGAAGUAGAAGAGAAGGAUGAGGGAGCGGUGCGCCUGCCAACGAACAACGUUCCGGCCAAGGACGACGCGAGUACUAGUAGUAGUACUAGUAGUACUAGUGGGGCAGAGACGAGUCACCGGUGGCUGCAGCUGAAAAAAGACUCACCCGUGGCUUCGGUCGACGACUGCGGGCUCUUUGAUGAGUCGCAGGACGUGCGGCAUCAGUCAUGAGCCAGGCCGCUGUCUAUAUACUACUCAUCACUACUAUUAAUAGUUCCUCGCAUACUAAUGUCAAGAGGACAUUUGAGAUCUGUGCA